AUGGCUUCGGCCGACAAGUCUAGGCAGUCCUCGAGCGGACGGUCCUUCUUUUCCCGAAACAAGAACAAACACGAGAAGCACUACCCCACGAGCGACGACGGCCGCCACCUCUCCAGCUUCGAAUACCACGACUCCAGCGCGAGCACGCGGGCCUCGUCCCAUCACCAUCGCAACUCGUCCGUCGUCUCCAUCGACCGCGCCGACACUCCCGACUCCGGCCUGAAUAUGAUGGCUGGAGUCAUCACUAGCAUACCAUACGACGGCAUCCGCAACGAUAACAGAUCCCCCGUCCACGCAGACUACCACCACCACGCGAGCCCCGACUCCCACGCCCAAGCCCAUGCUCGGCGUGAGCCCAUGCCACACCACCUGAAUAAGGGCUUCGGAGAUUUUCAUCAAUACCCUGCCUUCGAUCCUUCCACGAUGCCCAACGUGUCCACCUCCCCCCACCACCCGGUGGCGCGACUACCUCACCAUCCCGCCGUAAACCUGGCCAUGGCCUCUUCCUCGCACCAGCAGCAGCCUUCUCCACAACAGCAGUCUCAGGGACACCUACAACAACAACAGCAGCAGCAAUGGGCCGGCCCCGGAUCCGGAAGGACGAGCCUAGGGAGCAGUACGAUAAACACCAGAUAUGAUUCCUACAUAACAUCCACCGGAAGGAGCUCCGGCGAUAAUGCUAGCAUAUUUUCAGGUAAUGGUGGAGCCGCCGCCUCCUACGAUAUAGGGUCUGCUCGCUCAUCUAGAUUAGCUCCUCUACCUAGUGCUUCCUCCCAGAGUUCUUACUCCUCCUAUCUCUCCAACCGGGACUCGAACCGCCUGACUAAACCGCCCACCACCUCCCACCAUGAGGGUUUCCACUUCCCCCGGCCCGACGAUGACCGCGUGAUAGAACAGAUGUUCGUUCAACUGAUGCAGAAGCGAGGAUGGACCAACCUGCCCGAGCAGGCCCGGCGACAGAUGAGCGCCUAUCCGGCUGACAAGAAGUGGACUCUCUUACACCAGGACCGUCUCACCGAGUGGCAGGGCGAACAAAAGCGACGGACGACAGCUCGUCCGGGGCAGUACGCCAACGUCGACAUCACCACCUACUCCGAGGAAGAGGGCGCGCCGGAAUGGUACGUACGCAAGAUCAUGGAGGAUAAGCUCGAUUCAAAAGGCUUCGGUAGUCUCGAGGUCAACCUCAGAACCCAACAGAUUGGUUGGGUGAAGCGCUUCAUCGAGUGUCAGGGUCAGGUCGCCCUGACCACUCUGCUCCUCAAGAUCAAUAGGAAGACUGCGACGGGUCCGGCUGUUCCCGAGGCCGCCAGGGGCGACAAGUCCCUGGACCGCGAGUAUGACAUUAUCAAGUGUCUCAAGGCCGUGAUGAACAACAAAUUCGGCGCCGACGACGCCCUUCAGCAUCAGCAGGUCCUAAUAGCGCUAGCGACUGCGUUGACGUCUUCGAGGAUUACCACCCGUAAACUGGUCAGCGAAGUGCUCACCUUCUUGUGCGACUGGGGCCAAGGCGAGGGUCACCUCAAGGUGAUUCAAGCUCUCGACCAAGUCAAGACGCAGCAAGGCGAGAAUGGCCGGUUCGACGCCUGGAUGCGCCUCGUCGAGGUCGCCGUUGACGGCCGCGGAAAGAUGGGCAGUCUUGUCGGCGCAAGCCAAGAAGUGCGCAGCGGCGGUGUCGGCAUGGAGAACCUGUUGAUGGAAUACGCCGUCGCGACGCUCAUCUUGGUCAACAUGAUGAUUGACAAGCCGGUGAAGGACCUCCAGCUGAGGGUGCACAUCCGCGCCCAGUUCACGGCAUGCGGCAUCAAGCGCAUCAUGAACAAGAUGGAGGGGUUCCAGUACGAGUUCAUCGACAACCAGAUUGACAAGUUCCGCACCAAUGAGGCCAUCGACUACGAGGAUAUGCUGGAGCGAGAGAACAACUCGAUCAAGGACAACAUCGAGGGCGAAAUCAAGGACCUCAAUGACCCCGUCCAGAUCGUCGACGCUAUCCAGCAGCGUCUCAACGGAUCCCAAUCGCAGGACUACUUCGUGUCGGCGCUGCAGCACCUCUUGCUCAUCCCUAAUAGCGACAAUGAGGAGAGGCUGCGCAUGUUCCAGCUCGUCGACUCCAUGCUCAGCUACGUGGCCAUGGACAGGAGGCUUCCUGACAUGGACCUCAAGCGUAGCCUCAACUUCACCGUGCAGAGCCUGUUGGACAAGUUGCAUACCGAUUCCGAGGCGCGGCAGGCCUUGGACGAGGCCCUCGAGGCUCGUCAGAUCGCCGACGCCGCUCUCGCGGAGAGGGAUGAGAUGAAGGCCAAGUUGGAGCUCGGAGCCGAUGGACUCGUUGCUAAGCUGCAGAGGCAGCUAGAGGAGCAGUCCCGCUUCAUCGAAGCCCAGAGGCGGCAGGCCGAAGGGCUCAAGGCCGAGCUCGAGAACAUUCAGACCGUGCGGGCGAAGGAAGCACAGCGGUAUGAGUUGGAAACCCGAGAGCUGUACCUCAUGCUUCGAGACGCCCAGGAUAUCGCCGCCUCCAACGCAGUCAAGAGCUCCUCCGGUGGCAGCGCCGGCGGUAGCAAGCUCGGCGACGACGACCCCGUCCGUAUGCAGGGUAUCCUCGACCGUGAGAGGCUGCUCGAGCGUCUGCAGAUGCAGAUCGAGAGGCAAAAGACGCAGUACAAACUCGAAGGUAGGGUGUGGGGUGAGGCCGUCGGCCCGUCCGAUAGACUCCGGGCUCUGCGCGAGGAAAUGGACGGCUACGGUGGCGGUAGUAGCGACGAUGACGACGCCGGGGUUGACCUUUCGAAGCCGGCGCUCAGCCCUGGUAUGCUCGGCAGCGUGAGGAGGCAGACCAACAGAGUCACCCGCAAGCCCUUGCCGGGUAUCCCCCUUGGCGAAGAUACGAUUAUGGAAGGCGACGGUGAGGAUGAGGAUGGUGAUGUGGUUUACGAGAAGCCAAGGAUGGUCGAGAUCCGUAGGCCCGUCGUCGAUCCUAAGCAGCAGGCCGGACUUCUCAACGAGAUUACGGGCAAGGUCAAGAGAUAUGAGGGCAGCGAUUCGGAAGAUGGCGACGGUGUUACCACGGGCCCGUCUCACCCGAGCCUCGAGUCCCAGUCGCCUCUUACUCCUGCUGACAGCGAGCCUCCGAAGAUCAAGGUUACCGCUGCCGGUUCAACUCCUCCUCCCGCGUCUGUACUCCCUGGUCAAGUCGGUGCGCCACCGCCGCCACCGCCUCCUCCACUUCCACCACCGGGACUCAUCUCUUCCGGCGGUGCUCCUCCUCCACCACCACCUCUCCCGCCUCCGGGUCUCAUCUCUUCUGGUGGUGCCCCGCCACCACCUCCCCCUCCACCACCACCACCAGGCCUUAUUUCUUCCGGAGGCGGUCCCCCUCCACCACCGCCCCCACCACCUCCACCACCGAUGUUUGGCGCACCUCCUCCGCCUCCUCCUCCUCUCCCUGGCGCCAUCUCGGGACACUUCCUCUCCCAGCAAGCCGCGUACGCCCCCACCACGCAAAGCAUUGGCUUGCCUGUCAUGCGGCCUAAGAAGAAGCUUAAGGCUCUUCACUGGGACAAGGUCGAUUCUCACAUGACGACGCAUUGGGCCGCGCACGCGCCCUCCGCUGAGGAGAGGGAGGAGAAGUACCAGGAGCUCAGCAAGAAGGGUAUCCUGGACGAGGUUGAGAAGUUGUUCAUGGCCAAGGAGAUUAAGAAGCUGGGAGGCAAGUCUAGGCAGAAGGAUGAUAAGAAGCAGAUUAUCUCGUCGGAUUUGCGCAAGGCAUACGAAAUCGCUUUUGCUAAGUUCUCUCACUACUCGGUCGAGAAGAUUGUGCAAAAGAUCAUCCACUGCGACGACGAGUUCCUCGACAACAGUGGUAUUAUGGACUUCCUACAAAAGGGUGACCUCGCCAACAUUCCAGAGAAUACCGCCAAGUCGAUGGCGCCGUACAGCAAGGACUGGACUGGACCAGACGCCAAGACGGAAGAUAAUCGCGAGCAGGACCCCGCAGAACUCACACGCGAGGACCAGAUCUACCUGUACACGGCGUUCGAGCUCCAUCACUAUUGGAAGAGCAGGAUGCGAGCGCUCGCGCUUACGAGGUCAUACGAAUCAGAGUACGAUGAGAUCAACGCCAAGGUCCGGCAAGUCAUGGAGGUGUCGGAGUCCCUGCGUGACUCGGUGGCACUCAUGAACGUUUUGGGGCUCAUCCUCGAUAUUGGUAACUAUAUGAAUGACGCCAACAAGCAGGCGCGGGGCUUCAAGCUCAGCUCGCUCGCGCGACUGGGCAUGGUCAAGGACGACAAGAACGAGACGACGUUAGCGGACCUAGUCGAGCGCAUCGUGCGGAACCAGUACCCCGAGUGGGAAGGCUUCAGCAACGACAUCGCCUCCGUCAUCACGACGCAGAAGAUCAACGUCGACCAGCUGCAGGCCGACGCGCGGCGCUACAUCGACAACAUCAAGAACGUGCAGAUGUCUCUCGACUCGGGCAAUCUCAGCGACCCGAAGAAAUUCCACCCUCAGGACCGCGUCGGCCAGGUGGCGCAGCGGUGCAUGAAGGACGCGCGGCGCAAGGCGGAGCAGAUGCAGCUGUACCUCGAGGAGAUGAGCAAGACGUACGAUGACAUCAUGAUCUUCUACGGCGAGGACCCCAGGGACGAGAACGCGCGGCGGGACUUCUUCGCGAAGUUGGCGGGCUUCGUCACGGAGUGGAAGAAGUCGCGCGAGAAGAACGUGGCGCUCGAGGAGACGAGGCGGCGGAACGAGGCGUCGAUGAAGAGGAAGCAGCAGCUCAAGUCGCCUCUCUUGGCCGAUCACAGCAAUGGAAGCGGCGCGCCACCGAGUCCUUCGAAUACGGGCGCUAUGGAUUCGUUGCUGGAGAAGUUGCGUGCUGCAGCGCCGGCUACGAGGGAUGAUCGCGAUAGGAGGCGGAGGGCGAGGUUGAAGGAUAGGCAUAGGGAUAGGAUCGCUUCGGGGCAGAAGGUGCCGGAUCUCAAUGAGAUUCCUUCGGUCGAGGCCACGCUGAGACAGCAGGAGCAGCAGCAACAGGGCAGCAACGGAGGUGUCACUAACGGUACCACCAAUGCUUCCUCCAUUGCAGCUGGUGACACCCGGAAUAGUGCCGCGGGCAGCGACGGCAACCUACUUAGCCCAACCCUCUCAUCACCCCGCGAAGGCGGCGAAGACGACGUCGCGGCCCGCGCAGCCCUCUUACUCCAGGGCAUGCGGGGCGGAGGAGACGGAGGACCCGGCGAGGACCUGGAUCCCGAGAAGAGGGAGGCGCUGAGGAGACAGCGGACGGAGGAGGAGCGAAGGGCGAGGAGACGGAGGAGGGAGACGGCUCGUUCGGCGAGGAGUGAGGAGGGCGCAGGCGAGGAGACACCACCUCUGCCGCCGCCUCCGACCGUUACUCUUAGUGUUGGCGAGGAGUAG